UAUAGGAUAUUACUCUUAUCUUGGACCCCCCUUCCCCAGGCCCCAUUCAGUCAGGCCUGAGGCGCCACUGGCACCACUGACUAAGCGUGAAAUCCGAACGACCCGCUCGGACUUAACUUACCUUCCCCAAACCAUCUGCCUCAGUCUUGGACAUCUUCCAAAGAGGGGGCGAUUGCAUCCCACGAUUUCCCCGCGGUGUUUCUCCCAAGAGCCGAAAUCUUGAACUUGAAACGAGAGCCAAGCAGCGUGGGGGAGAGAUCCGAUCCAACUUGGGCGAAGACCACGAACGGAGGGGGGGGAGGAGAGGAGAACUUGACCUAAUGCAAUAUCGGGGUCUGAUAAUGUUCUCAGUCACAGUUGAGAUGCGGAGACAAAUCUCGAUCAAUCGCAUGGAGCAUGAAAUCAGUUGCAAUGCAACCACCGAGUAUCGCCAGUGGAGAGAAUCGGGACAGGACAGGAGAUCCUCGGGAAAUGUCCUCGUAUCGUCCCUGUCUCUCUGGGAUGAGCACGACCACAAGGAUCGGGAUCCCAGGUUUACAACCUCCGCAUCCGGGUUGCUCCUCUCGUCCGAUUGUCUGUCUGCCUGGUGUCAACAACACACCACUAAAUCACGACGUCACUUUGAUCGCUCGCUUCGGCCGGGACGGAAUCACCCCACCUGCCAUUCAUUCACUGACCUGCCUGUCCUAUUCCCAAACCAUGAUGAACCACAACUAGAAAAAUGUGAAUGGUCAGGUUGUUGCGCAGGGUCCAGGGUCUCAUUGCCUGUUGUCCCUAGAAAUCCUAUAAAUCCUGUCCUUUCUCGCUCUCUUGCCCCUCUCACUCACUCACUCACUCAUUCAAGUAACACAGCUUCCGCUUCCGCUUCCACGUUUCCAUAGAAUCUUUACCAACCCCCUUCCUCUCCAUCCACUACACCUCCCAACGAAGAAAUGUCUUCCCCUCCCGAGAUCCCCGAGACCCAAUGGGCCCAGGUCGUCGAAGAGAAAGGCCACCCGCCCGGUCUGCCACACCGACCUGCACGCCAUGAAAGGCGACUGGCCGCUGCCCCUCAAGCAGCCGCUGGUGGGCGGCCACGAGGGCGCCGGCAUCGUCGUGGCCCGCGGCGACCUC